CUCGCCCUCUUCUUACCUAGGUACUGUCAUCACGCGUCGCGCGCUUCUCCGUCGACACUCAUCGCUACACGACCGCUCACAUUCCCGCGAUGGCCGGCCCCAAAUACCAGAACGUCCCGCAGCGCGACUCGCUCGACUCGCCCUCAUAUGCCCAAGCGCCACCGACGUACCAGGAGGAAGACCCGACGCGGGCAGCACUGCUCAACGAUGUACCCCGGAGCGAGAAUGACAACUUGCCAGACGACUUCAAGUUUGGAGGAGUGGUGGCCGAGGCAACGCUGGAUAUCCGGAUGGCAUUCGUGAGGAAGGUGUAUGCUAUUCUGACGGUGCAGCUGCUUUUUACCGCCGCCCUUGGUAGCAUUUCCAUGGCAUCCGAAUCGUACAAGCACUGGAUCCAGAGCAACCCGUGGAUGCUGUGGGUGUCGCUCUUCGGGUCCUUCGCCUUCCUCGGCCUCACAUUCUGGAAGCGCAAGUCAUACCCCACGAACCUCGUCUUCCUCUCCGGCUUCACCGCGCUGGAAGCGUACUGCAUCUCCGUGAUCGUCUCAUUCACAGACUCCAAGGUCGUGCUCGAGGCGGUCAUCUUCACAUUCGGUAUCUUUGUCGCACUGAGCCUGUUCGCUUGCCAGACCAAGUAUGACUUCACGAACUGGAUGCCAUACCUGUUCGGCGCGCUUUGGGUGCUGAUCCUCUUUGGCUUCAUGGCCAUGUUCUUCCCGUACAACAGCAGGGUCGACCUCGGCUAUGGCAUUAUUGCGGCUUUGAUCUUCUCGGGAUACAUUCUAGUCGAUACCCAGCUGAUCAUGCGCCACUACCACGUCGAGGAGGAGAUUGCGGCAGCUAUCUCGCUGUACCUCGAUGUUAUCAACCUCUUCCUGGCUAUCCUGAGGAUCCUCAACUCGCAGAACAACAACUAGAGGCGUGCAGACACUUGGGGGUGUGGGAGAAUGGCGGGGGUAAAUUUGCAUGGGAUGGACAUGGGACGGCGUCACGGAGGGCUCUCUUCUUCGACUUGGCUUUAGGAUAGGAUAUUGAUUACGCAAGGGACUGUACGGCAUGUGCAACUAUGGCAGCGCGGCAGAGGGAGGGAUAGUGCUGGCUCGUCUUGAUUUGUUUGU